AUGGCAAAGCGACGCCGAGGCGCCGCGCCAAGCCCUCCCGGCCAGUCUGCGGAGGAUGAGGCCGCCCGACGCAUCAAUCACGGCGCCCGUACCGCGCUGCAAGCAGUGGCCGGCCUGAGUAUCUACUCGGCUUUGCUCUGGCUGCUCGGCGCCGGCGACACUCCACCACCGGCGAGGGCGGCGACGUGCACGGAGGUCGAUGCGGCGCUCUCCAGACACACGUUGCUGCAUGUGGCUGGCUCGCACCGCGGCGGCACCACGCUGCUCGCCUCGCUGCUCGCAGCGCACCCUGCCGUCCACCCAUUUGCUCUGCGGCGCGAGGGCAUCGCGACCGCGAGUGGCCUGACCGGGCCGAUGAGCGAGGGCCUCUUCUGGCAGCCCGUCUACGACCAGCUUGACCUCGCGCAGCCGCCGCUGCCAUGGAGGCUCUGGCGAGGCGCGGCCGCCGCGUUGGGGCUUCAGUGCGGCAGCGUCCGUCUGCGAGGCAUGAGCACGUUCGCGCUGGCGACGGGCGCGCACGAGACGGAGGCGAACGAGAGCGGCGUCCUCACCACGGCGAACAGGCGGGCGCUCUUUGCCGCCUGGGCGCGCUUUUGGCCCAUUCUCGGCGAAGAGGGAAAGUCGCCAAGCCACGUGAUGCGCUGGCGCUCCCUGCUCGCGCUCUGGCGGCUGGGUGCGGCGCGGCCGCCUUUGGUUCGCUUCCUCUUCAUCUCGCGCCAUCCGCUCGCCGUGGCGGCGGCGCAGCGCCGCUGGGCGGACUCGCGCGGGCGUUCGAUCUUGCAGCCUGUGUCCCUAGAUGCGGAUGCCGAUCUCGCAGCCCGCCCGCCGCCGGAGCCACUCGCGUUUUACAGCCAACCGCUUGUGACGCACUGGCUGGUGGAGCACGAGACGCUCGCGUCCGACCUCACCGCCGUGCCCGCGGAGGAUGCCGCGCUCGGCCGCCGCGAGCCGCGACUGCGUGGCGCUGGCAGCGGCCCGACGCAGCCGGGGCAGGAGCGGACGUGCGCGAGGGCCUUCGCGCCCCACGGCCACGAGGCCUCGUGGGGCGCCAACUGCUCGACGCUCUGA